CUUCCUGGCUGCACGAACGCGGUACCAGCUUCCUCUAGGCGCUGGGCGCUAGGGUUCUCGCGACGAAGAGUGUUCUCGAAUGGAGGAUAGCCAUCGCCAGCAAACGAUCAACGCACGAGGAGGAACUAGGUCUACAGGCGGCAAUGGCAGUGGCUUGAGGAACACGGAAUCCAAGCCAGGUGAGGCGAUGCCGCAGCACAUUUCGAAUCGAAGAGGCGGCGCCAAUGGAACAUCGAGGCAAGCGUGGAGAGAAAGAAAGCUGCCGACCUCUCAAGAACAGCCGCCAUCACUACCAGCGCAGCAGUUCGUGAGCUCCGAGUUUGCAAGAUUGAGCAUGUCGACCACGACGGUCACCCCCGCCGGCGCUCUUCCUCAGCUAGCUCAGGGACUUCUGGAAAAACUGCAAAAGGGGGAGAUGGAAUGCAUGAUCUGCUACGACAUGAUCGGUCGAAACGCCCGCGUGUGGUCUUGCUCGGGCUGCUACUCUAUCUUCCACCUUACGUGCAUCAGGAAGUGGGCUCGAGCUCCAACCUCGGUGGAUCAGAGUGGCAACUGGAGGUGUCCCGGGUGCCAGGCGAUUCAGCUCUCUCCAGCGAACGACUUGCAGUACUGGUGCUUUUGCGGGCAGCAGCUGGAACCCCCGGUGGAUUUCUACUUGACUCCACACUCUUGCGGUGGGACUUGCAAGAAGCCUCUGGACAAGAGCAAGCUGGGCCUUUGCCAGCACAUUUGCACGCUCCAGUGCCAUCCCGGUCCGUGUCCUCCCUGUGCGGCGUUUGCGCUCCCGGAAGCUUGUGGCUGUGGAAGGAAAGUUGUGACGAGACGCUGCAUCGAGAGGGACGAAGGUGUGGUCAGCUGUGGAUAUCAGUGUGGAGGGAUGCUCUCGUGCGGUCGGCAUUACUGUACCCGGGUUUGCCACAAGGAUGAGUGUGGAGGGUGUAAGGUGGUGGUCGCAGUGGCGUGCUUUUGCCGGAGGAAACUGGAUCGUGUGGUUUGCGGACAAGUCCCGGUACCAGGAGACGUCGCAGGCAACGGCAUUUUCUCCUGUGGAUCCAUUUGCGGGAAGCUUCUACCUUGCGGCAAUCACGUAUGCUCGAGGGAGUGCCAUCCCGGCGAUUGUGGUGACUGCGAGCUUUCUCCGGAGAGCGUAGCGACAUGUCCAUGCAAGAAGACGACUCUACGAGCUCUUAGGAGGAGCUGCCUCGAUCCGGUUCCAACAUGUGGUCAGGAGUGUGGGAAGUACGUGAGCUGCGGAAGGCACGAAUGUAUCAACUUGUGUCACCUUGGGCCCUGUCCGCCGUGCGAGGUGCUUGUGGAGCAGAAGUGCCGGUGUGGUGCCUCCUCUCGCGUUGUUCCCUGCAACGUCGCUACUUCAACCAGCGACGAGCAUUCUUUCAUCUGCGACAAGAAGUGCGAGAAGAAGCGAAACUGCGGCAGGCACAGGUGCAACGUCAAAUGCUGUCCGAGUGAUUCAGGGGAUAACCAUUUUUGCAUGCUCGAGUGUGGAAAGAAGCUGCGGUGCGGGGAACACUUCUGCCAGGAGCUGUGCCAUUCGGGGCACUGCCGACCGUGCCUACAGUCCAGCUUCACAGAUCUCUCGUGCGCCUGUGGAAAGUCAUCCAUUCCGCCACCGGUUCCUUGCGGCACUCCUCGACCGCGUUGCGACUUCUUGUGCCUCGUUCCUCAGCCGUGCGGCCACCCUGCUACUCACACUUGCCACUUUGGAGAGUGUCCGCCGUGUACCGUGCUUGUCGCGAAGGAAUGCGUGGGACAGCACGUCACCAUGCGGAACGUGCCGUGCGGCUCCAGGGAGAUCAAGUGCAACAGGCCGUGCGGGAAGCUGCGCAAGUGCGGUGUGCAUCCGUGCGGGAAGACUUGUCACUCGGAUCCAUGCGACAGUGAUGACAGCAGCAGCCUGUCAUGCGGCCAAGUCUGCGGGGCUUCUCGCAGGGAGUGCUCGCAUACUUGCGUCGCGGCUUGCCACCCGGGGUCACCCUGUCCGGACGUUCGAUGCGAGUUCAUGGAGACCAUCACCUGUAGUUGCGAGCGGCUCACGGCUGCUGUUCCGUGUGAGAUGGGAGGCGCUGCUACCAGAGACAAAGCUCCGGCUUCUCAGAGAAAGCUCAGCUGUGACGACGACUGCGUGAAGGCGCAGAGGCUCAAGUCACUUGCCGAUGCCUUGGGGAUAGAGACGAACGGCGAUCCCUUGACAGCGUAUGGCAGCUCGGACUGCGUCCAAGAGAUGGCGAAGAGGGACUCGCAGUUCGUGACGGCGGUGGAGGACAGGUUCAAGUAUUUGCUGCUCGGCCCCAAGUCGGUGGCUUGCGUGACGGGGCUGCGCGUCCACGUCUUCGCGCCUCUCCCGAAGGACAAGCGGGAAGUGAUCUAUCAGCUGGCGCAGAGGUGGAACCUCUCCUCGAGCAGCGUCGGCUGGGAGGCGAGACGCUACCUGGUGGUGCACGUAAACUCCAAGUCGAAAAUGCCGGGCCGCCUGAUCAAGCUCAACGUCGUGGCACCGUUGUUCAACCCCGGCCUGGACGUGGACCCGAAGCUGGUGGUGGCUCUUCUGGAUCUUCCCGGCGAGGGGGACAUCAGCCGCGUGGUGCUGAGGUUUGCCGGGGAGUGCGAGCUGAUAUGGCUCAACGACAGGAACGCUAUCACCAUCUUCACGGAUCCUUCUCGAGCUGCGACGGCACUGAAGCGGGUCGACCAUGCGACGCCGUAUCACGGUGCGUUCGUCCUCCCGCUGCUCGGGAGUGGCGCGGUUGUGCACAAGCAGCUCGGCUGGGGGGCGCCUUCCAGUUCCACCGCGAGAGCUCCGUCGCCACCUCGGGCUCACGGCCACCGCGGCGACGAGGCUAAAGUCGAGGAGCCGGGAAGAGGUGUGUGGCUCAAGAGGAACCCGGUGACUCUUGUGAGCAACCCGUGGAAGGCUUUGGAGCAAGAUAAGGGGAGCUCGAGCAGUGGCUCCUCAGCGUCCGGGAGUGUGGAAGCUCGCUCGCUAGCAGCAAAAGCCGCGGAGGAGGAUGAUCAAAACGUGGUGGAUGAUUGGGAGACUGCCUACGAUUAGGAGAGAGAGAGAGAGAGAGAGAGAGAGAGAGAGAGAGAGAGGGAGUGAGAGCUCCAUUUGGAGUUGUGAAUUUUUUGGAGCGGGAAUAAUUUGCUAGCCGUGGAAGUA